ACGUUGUCCCAACUAAUAAUAUGGCGAGUUGGCGCCCGCAGUAUUGUGAAACUCCACCCCCUUAUGUCCAUUUCUGUUACAGGAGACACGGCGCCCGAGAGAAGAAUCCUCAGUUUUCUACCUCUAGCUGUAUGUUCUGUCAUUCAGGUGAACGAGCACACCGAACACGAGCGAUAAAAUAACCGCCUUUGCGCAGCGCAGGUUUCGCUCGCACAGAGGAACAAAAGGCAGGCUUUUCAGCCGACGAGGCCUUUUUCCCCUGGUUUUAACUUCGUGUGCGGCGUCUCUCGCCCCGUAGUCGGCCUCGUAGCCCGCGUGCGAGUCGAGUGCGGCCUGUAGCCACGAGGCGAGCCGUUGGUGCGAAUCGCGUGAUGGCGGAGUUCGGCAACGGGCUGGCGGAGGAGUCGCUGCUCGACUCAGACCCCGGCCACCCUGAACUGGAAGACCCGGGUGUGGGCGACGAUGAACCGGGACUGGAGGAAGGAGAGGCCGCCAUCGAGGACCCGGAGCUGGAGGCAAUAAAAGCCCGGGUGCGAGAGAUGGAGGAAGAAGCAGAGAAGUUGAAGGAGCUGCAGAACGAAGUGGAGAAACAGAUGAAUUUGAGCCCUCCGCCUGCAGGUCCUGUCAUCAUGUCUUUAGAAGAAAAGAUUGAGGCAGAUGGGAGGUCAAUUUAUGUGGGAAAUGUGGACUACGGCGCCACUGCAGAGGAGCUGGAGGCUCACUUCCAUGGCUGCGGCUCCGUUAACAGAGUCACUAUCUUGUGCGACAAGUUCACUGGACACCCCAAAGGGUUCGCAUACAUCGAGUUUGCAGAUAAGGAGUCGGUACGAACGGCCAUGGCCCUUGAUGAGUCUUUGUUCAGAGGCAGGCAGAUAAAGGUGGGAGCCAAGAGAACAAACAGGCCAGGCAUCAGCACCACAGACCGUGGGUUCCCUAGGGGACGCUUCCGCUCACGGGGUGGGAGCUUCUCAUCGCGGGCACGCUACUACAGCGGGUACACGCCACCCAGGGGCCGGGGCCGGGCCUUCAGGGGCCGAGGGCGAUCAACAUCGUGGUAUUCCCCUUACUAAUCCUCCUCCUUAAAAAAAAAAAAAAAAACCCUUUCCCAAACAAAAAAGAAAAAAAAAAAAUGAAGGAAAAAAAAAAAAAAAAAAACAAGAGGAGAAAGACCCCCCAACCCCCAAAAAGGGAAAAAAGGCCCGUUCUAGGAUUUCUACUGGACAGACAGACUGACCGCAGUGUGCGUGUGUGCGUGUGUGAGCCCAGGUGGCGCGGUCGUCCUGGUAAGGUAUUGCUGGCCAUGAGGAGAUGUGUUGGCAUUGCUUUGGGAAGAUGUUCAUACUGAUGAUGUUGAUGUUUGAAAGCUCAGGCUGCAGAUGUGUCUCCUUGUCUGGCUGUGACUCACAUCACACUGCUUGUCCAUACUCACACAGAAAGCAACAAGUACACGAGAAAUCUGUCUGUGGAAGGAGCCUCCGUGACAAAAAAAGAUGCACCUGUUAUUUUUUUUUUUUUAUUUGGAAAUUGUUUCUAUUUGGAAUGUUUUGUAUUACAUUCCUUUUGCUCUCUGAACAAUAACCCCCUCCCAUCCAAUGUUUGUUCCUCUCCCUUGUCCCUCUGCUCCCAUCAUCACGUGUCCAGUGGCUGCUAGCCUGUGACCAGUCAAGUGCCAACAAGGCCGUUCACGGUUCAGUGGCGUGAGCUGAUGCUUUUUAUUUUUUUUGUUUCCUGGUUGGUUUUGUUCAAGGAAGCUCUGAAGCACACUCUGACUUUUCCACUGCUUUUACCCUGGGAAUGUGUGACUUCUACUGCUCCCUCUGUCACCUCCUACCUCCUGGGUUUUACCUGCUGUUUCCCAUCCAGUGCUCCCACCCUGUACCAGGUUUUGCACUGCCUGGUCCAUCACUUGCCUUCUGCUUCUCCAUCCUUUUCCCUCCUGCCUUCUUGUAUGGGGUCCCCCCCCUUCCCCCUGUCUCUCUCCCCCCACCCCUUCGUUCUCUUGCUGUCCUUCCCUCUCUCUGUAUAUUAGACCACUUCUUGUCGUUACAGGUUUCAGGACCAGUGGAGGUUGACCACGCCCCCUCCUCCUGUGGCCGCGGCGCCCCCCACUGUCUCAGCAGCAUCUCUCUCUCUCUCUGCUCCCACUAUCCACACUCACCCCAUCCUAUCUAUGUGGGGGGGUGGCGCUGGGGCUCAGGGUGACCACCGGGCUGCCACAGGGGGCCUUUACUGUAACAACAAGCGCUGAAACAUGCAAGACAUGAACACAGGAAACACUUCACGCAGACUUCCCGUUUAUACAGAGAGCUAAGCCCAGGUAGCAGUGGCUGUUUAAAAAAAAAAAGAAAAGAAAAGAAAAAAAAAAAAAGGAAAAAAAAA